UACUGUCCUUGGUUAACAGUUUAGUUCAGUGUUAACAAUUAACUGGUUGACACGAUGGUUCAAGAUAAUAAAAUAAGUAACAAUUUGGUGUAUCAACUCGUAAAUACAGAAAUCAAAGAGGGAGAUGACGUAACGGCAAGAAUUGAAGAAAAAAAGGAUGACAAAAUAGAUUCUGGUCCCAAAUUUGGAAAGCGCCAUGUGCAAGUUAUAUUUUUAUUUACCCUUUUACUCAUAGGAUAUUGCAUAAGAGUUAACUUGUCUCUCACAAUUGUGGCUAUGACAGAUCCGAAUGCCAAUGAAAACAAAGAUAUUCCGACUUUUGACUGGAAAAACCGAAACGUCAUCCUUUCAGCGUUCUUUUGGGGAUACGUAACGCCACAGAUCCUAGCCGGUUGGUUAAUGACCCGAUAUGGCCCGAAGUGGUUCCUUGUUGGAUCUAUGGCUAUUGGCGCAAUAUUGGGCUACGCUAUACCUCUGUUGGCUACAUAUUAUGGAUCAACGGCAGUUAUUAUAUGCAGAGUUAUUCAAGGGGCUUCGCAAGGGUUCUUCGUUCCAGGUAUAUCUUGCUUUACAAGCCGAUGGAUACCAAUCGCAGAAAGGGGAAGACUGGGCACGUUUAUGUAUGCAGCAAGUCCAAUGGGAUCUGUAGUUAGUAUGAUGUUAUCAGGAGCAAUUUCAGCAAGUUCGUACGGAUGGCCUAUGGUUUUUCAUUUCUUUAGUACACUGGGAAUUGUGUGGUGUGUCCUUUAUCUUUUCUGCGGUUCUAAUUCCCCUUCGGAGAAUAAAAGUAUUACCGAAGUAGAGAAAAAUUACAUACUCCGAACUUCUGUUGAUGUUAACAAGAAACCAUUACCAACACCUUGGAGGCACAUAUUAACCUCAAUACAUUUUUAUGCCUUAAUAUACACAUACACGUGCAAUGUGUUGGGACUGUGGCUUCUUUUAACCCAAAUUCCUACUUACAUGAGCAAAAUCAUGAAGUUUGAUAUAAAAUCUAACGGGACUUUGACAGCCUCAAUAUACCUUAGUCAAUGGCUACUGAGCAUCAUUUUGGGAUCCGUGUCAGAUUAUGUGAUUAACAGGAAAAUUCUCAGUUUAACUCUAACGAGAAAACUAGUGUCUGGUGUAGGUACCUUCGGACCAGCGAUUUCACUUGUAUUCCUAGCUCAAUGUACCGAAGAAAAUACUGUCAAGGGUGUGAUUCUGCUAUUUCUUGCAGUCGGUACAGGAGGUGCCCAAAUUUGUAGCAUUUUAAUCAACAGCGUAGAUCUUUCACCUAACCAUGCCGGUGUUCUUCAAGGAAUUGUCAAUGCAUUUUCUCACGUCUUUGCUAUAUUCGCACCGCUGAUAGCAGAAUUUUUGGUUUCUGACGAAUAUAAUCCAGCUCAAUGGCAAAUCGUAUUUUACUUUGGUAGCUGCGUUUAUCUUUCUGGUGGAAUUAUUUUCUCUGUCUUUGGUUCUGGAAAAGUUCAACCAUGGAAUGAUCUCUAUAACAGUAAUGUUGCGGCGUGAUACUCAACUGGAACUGUUAUACUUGUAAAUAUAAUAAACACUGUGACUGUGAUUGAUAUUCAAUUCUAUAUAUAGUAAUUAUUUGUGUGUUUAUUACAUUAAUAAAUUAUUAUAUGCAA